GGCGGCGGCGGCUGGAGCGAUCCGGAUCCAGGCCCUGGGGAAGCGAUGGAUAGGAAGAGGUGGGAGUGCUCUGCUCUCCCCCAGGGAUGGAAAAGGGAAGAAGUGACCAGGAAAUCGGGGCUCUCCGCUGGCAAGAGCGAUGUCUAUUAUUAUAGCCCGAGCGGGAAGAAAUUCCGGAGCAAGCCGCAGCUGGCCCGCUAUUUGGGCAGCUCCAUGGACCUGAGCAGCUUCGACUUCCGGACAGGGAAGAUGCUCAUGAGCAAGAUGAACAAGAAUCGGCAGAGGAUCCGCUACGACUGCUCCAGCCAAAACAAGGGUAAACCUGAUUUGAACACCGCUCUCCCCGUCCGACAGACAGCUUCAAUCUUCAAACAGCCCGUCACCAAGAUCACUAACCACCCCAGCAAUAAAGUGAAGACAGACCCCCAGAAAGCAGUUGACCAACCUCGGCAGCUCUUCUGGGAGAAGAAAUUAAGUGGCCUAAACGCCUUUGACAUCGCAGAGGAACUGGUGAAGACGAUGGAUCUCCCGAAAGGUUUGCAAGGUGUGGGGCCCGGCUGCACCGACGAGACCCUGCUUUCCGCCAUCGCCAGCGCCCUUCACACUAGCACGAUGCCCAUCACGGGGCAGCUGUCCGCUGCCGUCGAGAAGAACCCCGGCGUUUGGCUGAACACCUCGCAGCCCCUCUGCAAGGCCUUCAUGGUGACCGAUGAAGACAUCAGGAAACAGGAGGAGCUGGUUCAGCAGGUGCGGAAGAGGCUGGAAGAAGCCCUGAUGGCAGACAUGCUCGCCCACGUGGAGGAAAUUGCCAGGGACGGAGAGGCCCCUGUCGAGAAGCUGCGGGGGGAGGAAGACGGGGAGGACGAUGAGGAAGACGACGUGGAUCGCGGCCAAGAGAUGGAGAAUGUAUAGUCGGAGCCGUCUCA